CUGAGGCCAAAACCGGCGACUCGAGACCAGAAAGCACCGAAGAAUCGGGGGACACUUCGCAUUGAUCGGGAAGCGAACGACUUGCUUCUUCGAGAGGCAGACCUCGGCCUAGUCGACAUUUCCGAAAACGAAAAUGACAUCCUGUUUUGGCUCGAUCUCGUCAAUGCUGCCAAACGCGAACAUGGCCAGGCCGGCGUGCUAGCGGUAUGGGAGGCUAUGGAUGUGAGAAAGACGUUAUCCGAUACAGAAGGUCAAGAGGCAGAAAUGCUUUGGAAAGCCAUGCUGAACGCCGCUCUAGACGACGAGGGUCGACUUGAUCGUGUCUUUCUGUAUGCAGAGUGGAUGUUCAAAGUCCGAUCUGUUCAGUGGCCGGAUUUAUAUUCAACGAUAGUGUCGCACUGUCUGCGGAACGGGCAGUUCAUGAGAGCGAUGCAAUGGCACAUACGACUUAUGCCCACAUUCGAUCCAGGCUCGGAGGCCUUCAGCGACAUGCUUCGUCAUUUUGUUACGAGCACCGACACCCAGAUGCAGCAGGCUCUACAGUCGCUUUACGUCUCGACUUUCCACCACGGUCUUUACGACGAGAUUAUCCCGCUUCUUUUCGAAAGUGGUCUGUCUGAGCUUUGUGCCGAGUGGCGAAAACUAUUCCUUCGAUUUCACGACCUGCCUCGACUAACAGCCGAAUCUCAGCCAUAUCUGAGCUUUCUCGUUCGAUACUUUCCCGGCACCUCACUGGAACUGGAAGAACAGCUGGUGUUGGACGUGAAUUCUUCGGCUUAUUGGGAUGUCAAACAUGACUCCUUAUGGGAUGCCAUGAACGGCACACAUGGCGAAGACGACAGUCCGACAGGCAGGCGGUACAGUGAUAAGUUAGGCGCGCGGUGGUUUGCAAGCUCUUGGGUGCCUCUGGAUUUCGCGAUUCAUGCUGUUCACGCUCUAGGAGUGCACCAAAUUGGGCCUCUGUCAUUGCAGUCAAUUGCUUUACGUGAGCCCACCCCUGACGGUGUCAUUGCUCGUAUUACGCAACUACACAAGGUCAAUAUCGGCAUUGGGCAUUCGACAUAUGCACUGGCGGUCAGGAAUUUCGCAAAAGCUGGGGACAGUGAACUUCUACACGAGCUACUACACACCGACAUACAUCCGGACGUCUUUGACGACCCUGAGAUGUUGCAAAGUAUUCGCGACAAAGCUUUCGAGUCUGGGGCUCGGCAGACAUACCGAUUACUGCUUGCGAUCCAGCCCGCGAUGGCCCAGGAGUCGAUUGAGUCAAUCUCAAACAUGCUAUUGCAGCAGCGUCUCAAGCAACGCCAAAAUCAACAGGCACUAGCUCUCCUAGAUGACAUGCGGUCCAUGAACAUCGAUCUCUCGGCAGCAUCUCUUCAGCACAUCUACUCAGACGUUCUCGAGACCCUUCCGUGGAAGCUCGAAGUGGACCCCGCAAACUGGAAAAGCUUGCAAGAGGCCAUUGCCUUCCUCAAUCGCCUGAUGCUGAUUCAAAAACCGGUGCCCGCUCGCUACUGGCGAAAGACACUUUUCGGUCUUGGCAGGUUCGGACGCCUUGAUGAGCUGGAGGAUCUGUGUCUCGCCAUAUUGGACACACACGAAGCCAGGAGCGCAUCGCCAGGUGGUUUGCUACCAGUACAUCCCACGGAUGCGCCACCGUCCAAUGUCGGGGCCUUGACCGAGAACUUGGUCGUUCCGGCAGAUCUCCCCAUUGCCCACACAUACCACCCCAUGCGUCAAAUCUUUGACAAGUCCGCGCUACACGUCGCUAUUGCCCGUUGGGGUUUCAAGGCGGGCAGUCCCAGGGAUUUGUCCGAAAGGAGCCCACAUGCUGGCCCAGCAGUCGAAUUGGCCAUUACACGGGGUGUGCAGCUCUUAGCCAAGCUCGAGGAGCGCGGCAUUCCAGUGAAUGCCUCCACCCUUCGAGGAGAGGUCAUCAGGUGUCUGGCUCGCCUCUAUCGUCCCGGAAAUAACAGAACCAAGGCCCUGCCUGCGCUAGCAGUUGUGAUUCAGCAGAUCAACAAAACCGCCGGACGGAUCUCCGAGAAGCAGCUGUUGCCUUCUGUUCAUACUGUACAGGGUUUCAUCACGAGCUCCGAAGGCCAACGGCGCCGCGAGAAGCAUUCGCAAGUUACCCAGUCAAGAUAG